CCUUGGGAAAGCAGCCUGGGAGGUUUGCAUGAAGUUUACAGCCUCAGCCUCUCUUCCCUUGCAGAGGAGCAGUGCAGACCUUGCCUCAAGAGAGAAACCAGAAGCAAAGCAAGGAGACUUUUUGAGUCCUGGUGGGAGCAGAGAUGGAGAAGAGAGUAAAGAUGGAAGAACAGAACUUUGCUGGCCCUGAAGCAGGAAACGUCUCCUUCAACAUCCAGGUAGGGAGCAGUGCAGAGCCCUGGGAAAGAAGAGGGCAGGAGAACCAGCCUGGGAGCAACACGUGCUCAGAUGUGGAGCGACAGCACUUCAGGAACGUCUGCUACCAGGACACAGAUGGGCCCCGAGAGGUUUGCAGCCGACUCCACCACCUUUGCCGUCAGUGGCUGAAGCCAGAAAGGUACACCAAAGCACAGAUAAUGGACCUGGUUAUCCUGGAGCAGUUCCUUGUCGUCCUGCCCCCGGAGAUGGAGAGCUGGGUCCGAGAAUGUGGAGCAGAAACCAGUGCCCAGGCGGUGGCCCUGGCAGAAGGCUUCCUCCUGAGCCAGGUGGAGGACAAAGAGCAGCUGCAGGGGAAGUUGUCCAAGGCGCCCACAGAUUUCCCUGAAGCAGAGGAGGCUCCGUUGGACAGAGGGAUCUUGGAAGGGGGUGAUGGAGGACCCUCCUCACUGGGGAGCAGAAAGACCCACAGAGGGAGUGAACGGAUCCUGGGAGAUCCUUCUAGGCCUCCUUCACUUGGUGGUGGAGUGGAAGCGGUUUCUGCGCAGCCUAGGCAGGGUCCGGUGACUUUUGAGGAGGUGGCCGUGCAUUUCUCGGCGGAGGAGUGGGCUCUGCUGGAUCCAGGCCAGAGGACUCUGCACAUGGAAGUCAUGGAGGAGAAUCGUGGGAUCCUGGCCUCUCUGGGUGAUUGCAGGGAGAGCAACUCACAAGUUAAUCAACAUCAAAUAAUUCACUCAGGGGAGAAGCCCUAUGAAUGCCUGGACUGCGGAAAGAGCUUCAUUCGCAGCAGCACCCUUAAUCAACAUCAAAGAAUUCACACAGGGGAGAAGCCCUAUGAAUGCCUGGACUGCGGAAAGAGCUUCAUUCGCAGCAGCACCCUUAAUCAACAUCAAAGAAUUCACACAGGGGAGAAGCCCUAUGAAUGCCUGGAGUGCGGAAAGAGAUUCUUUGAGAGCAGCGACCUUAAUAAACAUCAAAGAAUUCACACAGGGGAGAAGCCCUAUGAAUGCCUGCAGUGCGGAAAGAGGUUCAGUGAGAGCAGCUCCCGUAAUAAACAUCAAAGAAUUCACACAGGGGAGAAGCCCUAUGAAUGCCUGGAGUGCGGAAAGAGCUUCAGUCACAGCAGCACCCUUAAUCAACACCAAAGAAUUCACACAGGGGAGAAGCCCUAUGAAUGCCUGGAGUGCGGAAAGAGGUUCAGUCAGAGACGCCAUCUUAAGUAUCAUCAAAGAAAUCAUACAGGGGAGAAGCCCUAUGAAUGCCUGGAGUGCGGAAAGAGAUUCUUUGAGAGCAGCAACCUUAAUAAACAUCAAAGAAUUCACACAGGGGAGAAGCCCUAUGAAUGCCUGCAGUGCGGGAAGAGGUUCAGUCACAGAGGCACCCUUAAUCAACAUCAAAGAAUUCACACAGGGGAGAAGCCCUAUGAAUGCCUGGAGUGCGGAAAGAGCUUCAGUCUCAGCAGCACCCUUUAUCAACAUCAAAGAAUUCAUACUGGGAAGAAGCCCUAUGAAUGCCAGGAUUGCGGAAAGAGGUUCAAUCAGAAUAGUCAUCUUAAGUCGCAUCGAAUAAUUCACACGGGCGAGAAGCCCUAUGAAUGCUUGGGUUGUGGAAAGAGCUUCAAUCACAGCAGCAACCUUAAUAAACAUCAACUAAUUCACACGGGCGAGAAGCCCUAUGAAUGCCUGAAGUGCGGAAAGAGCUUCAGUUCGAGCAGCUACCUUAAUAAACAUCAAAGAACUCACACAGGCGAGAAGCCCUAUGAAUACCUGGAGUGCAGAAAGAACUUUUCCUGA